AUGAAGGAGAAGCCUGGGACGCGAAGGAAUUCAGUUGUUGAUGCCAAAAUUGAAAGUAUCCUUGAAAGCAACGGAUACUUUGAAGGCAAUACAAGGACCUGGGUCUCGCACAGGAGGGCUGAUGGUGUAAGCCUCAUUGUGCCUUUUGUCAACGACAAAAUGGCACGUGAGGGGAACUGCGUCGUCAAGAACUCUCAGCUUCCCAUUCGACUUGUUUUCCGACCUCCUCCUACACUGAUGGAUCUCCUAACAUCGUCCCGGAUCUACGAAAAACGGUGUCGCGAACAGUCGUGUCGACACUGCACUUCUGAGAAGAUCUGUGGACUUCACUUCACCGUCUACUUGAUUCAAUGUAGGGGAUAUGGAGAAAAGUACGUGGGGGAGACCGCGAGAUCACUGAAGAUCCGUUUGGAUGAACAUAGAAGAGCGUUGGUCAAUCCCGCUGCCUAUCACACACCAGUUUUUCAAGGCACCGUACCCUCAGGCAUGAGGAAGAAAGCGCUCCAUCCUUUGAUGUGA